GGGNCAGAACGACGCAUUUCGGCCUAUCAGUUACGACCAAUCGAUUCCGGAGAUGAUGAAACCUCAUCAUCAGGAAAAGAAGACAGCUCGCCCGAGUCUCCACAUCCACAACGCCAGCCCGGCGCACCACAGUAUGGCCAAUAUUUGGCCAUCAACGGGCAGGCACCCCAUCAGGGACGCGCACGCACCAAGAAACCGCGCAGUAAAUCUUUACAACCACAUUCAAAUCUUGUACCCUGGCGCAAAUCAUCUCGCCCUAGACGUGGUCGUUCCCUAGACAAGCAACCCUUCUUUCCCGGUUACAAACCAGAACCAAUCAAAUCAUGGACUGAAGAAACUAUAAGUCUGAAACCAACACCAAUUGAAAAGAAAGUCAUUCCAAAGUUGGAGGCAGCUAAAGUUGAGCUCAAAUCCAUCAAGGAUCAGCGCAAUCAGGGUUUGAUGAGCAUUGGUGCUACACUCGACAAGAUCAUCGCUGGUAAGAGUGAAAAGGAAGCCAUUCCUUGGGUGGUGAUGCGUGAGAAAUUGAAACAUGUCGAAAGC